AAUUAAUGCUUACGAUAUGAUGAAUCGACACGGUGCCUCUAAUUCUACCCGCUCCGAGGAUCCGGGACAGCUGUUUUCCGCGCUAAUGUCCGACAAUGGCCCCCACCAGGGCACGUUCGUACCCGGGAGCAAUGCGUUCUCUCUCGCACACUACCAGAACAUGCCUAACGAUCAGGUGGACUGGGCCGCCCUCGCUCAGCAGUGGAUAAAAAUGCGUGAAACCUGGAUACAGCCGAUGCCUUCGCUAAUACCAUCGGCACCACCGCCGCCCUCGUUCGAUCGUGAUGCGUACGAUGGUGGGACGGCUCACACGGCUGUGGGUGACACAUCACAUCCGGCCAACCGGUCAGUUGGUUCGGUGGUCGAUUUCGAGGAGCAAGGUGAAGCACCGAUGGAGGUGGAACGGGAAGAUGAUGGUGAUAUGCCGGUACCACCCACACCGCCCAACAUUUCCAGCGAUUGGUCCACGUCCGGUGACGAUACGUGGCGAACCUGGUCCUGGCCAUCUACCGUACCUAGCGCAUCCACACCCAGCGAGACCCGUGUGCCGCAAACGCUUCCAAACAAUCAAAAACAUACCGACCAGCAACAGACGAGUGCCGGUGGUGCCGUCAGCACCAUUGCCACCCCCGUCCCCGGCAUUACAACGCCGUCACCAUCAGCUGCGGCUGCCAUUGCACUGUGGCAGGCGAAAAACAGUCAUCUCUUCCAAACCGGAGGCUAUCCGAAAGACUCUACGGCAGUCCGGACACCACAAACACCAGCACCACCACGGCGCGUCUUUAGCACGCAACCGAAACCGGUCCGGCUGCCAGGAUUGAUGGAUCGCGAGAUAAAGCUGGGUCUCGGGUCGGUGACCGGUGCGGAUGUGCAACGGGUCGAAACGAAGGAAAACAGCUACGGUGCGACCGUUCCGGGCGGCAGCUCUACCACAAUCAACGAGGAAAAGCGCAUGAUGCUGCCGGCCUGGAUCCGGGAAGGGUUGGAAAAGAUGGAGCGGGAAAAGCAGCAGAAGCUAAAGCGGGAGCAAGAAUAUCGCCAGCGGGAGGAGAAACUUUCCAGCCAGCAGAAUCUUCACACCCUAGCGUUGUCGCCAACACGCGAGGAACGCAUACCGCCGUUAGGUGUGCAGCAGCUGGAGCAGGAAGAUCUUCAACCGCCACCUCAACCGACAUCACCAUUAAAGGAGCAAGACGUGGAACAAACUACGAAAAAAAUUCUCACUGAAGUGUUUAUGGAAACAACUAACGAAGUACUGCUAUCGAUCGCGAAGGAAGAGCUAAGCAAGGUGCGGAUGCGAAAAGCUAAGCAGGCUGCCACAUCCAACGUUGGACAUGCGACGUACACUAGAGGACUCGGCCUUGGUAUAUAUGGCGAUAGUGAUGAAGAUGAGGAUGAAGAAGAAGAGGAAGAAGAAAAGCCCACGAACGAGGUUAGUAAAACAGCGCCCAGUGGUACGUAUGCGAAUUCGGAUCUGGACAGUGGAAACAACUCGGAUGAUGAUGAUUCCGACACGGAAGCAAUGCGGAAAAUGAUGGAUAAAAUACGCACUCGGCAGCAAAGUUUUAAAUCCACUGCUUCGCAAAUAGAAAAAUGGCUCGGCGAUGUGUCGGACCCGAUGCCGAACGGUGGCGAACUGAACCAGAAACCACAGACAUCUGACACGGAAGGUUCGGACGAGGAGGAAGAGCACGAAGAGGGUGCGCGGUAUGAUGGUAUGAAUUCGGAUCUGGAGGGUGAAUCACCUUCGCGGCAAGGAAAACCGACUACUGGCAACGGAUUCGGAACGGCUCAGUACACGCUCUUCACCGGUAGACAGACGGAAAAACCAACCGGAAGCCAAGAAAAUGCGGUCCGUAAACGGCGCGAUAAACGUGUGUCCCGGUUUAGUGAUCCACGGGAUACGGUGCGUACUACGCACAUCACGCAUGUGUCCAUCCUAUCCAAUCCAACUGAAACGGUGCGUUCUAGCACUAAACCGCUAGAAUCGAAUGUGGCGGUGGUGGUGGCGGCGGCGGCGGCGGCAUCUGCACCCGUCAGUAUCAGUACGGUCCGCCCGAAGCAGCCGCCAGCCCCGGAAGCAAAACCGCGCCAACAACAGUCCAUUAACGCGUACAUACAACAGCUACAAUCGUACCAAACGAUUUUCAGCAUUAGCGCCGCAGGCAACCGGACGGCACCGUCGAAACCAAACGAGACGGACGAUACGCGAAGGAAUCGUCACAAUUCCGAGUCUGAACCGGGCUCGCACGGAAACGAUGGUGGUGAUUCGGAUCGUAAACUACACUACUACCACGAUCGGAAAAAGUCAUACGCGGAAGAAAAUGAGUCCGGUGGCACGUCUCGAUCCCGGCGGGACGAUGGUAGUGACAGCCACCGGAAGCGUUACCGGGAUCAACGGUCCCAUUCACGCUCGUCUCGUGGCACACGGUCGAGUGGUUCGAGGUCCGGUUCGGCUGAUUCACGCUCAUCCCGAUGUACCCUCUCGCCCAACAGUCACGCGUCGGACCAUCGGCGGUCGUCCUCCUCAUCGAAGCGCCCCCGUUACCAUCGGGACCGCCGUUCGUCCGAGCGCCGGUCUAGAUCGUCCGGUUCGAGUUCCCGGCGGCAUCAUCGUAGCAAACACAGCCGUUCACCGUCUCGGUCACGGUCCUCGUCGAAAUAUUCUUCCCGCCGCCGAUUCUAA